ACCCACAUGGCAGGACUCACCACCAUGAGACUGAACUCCCUUUUGGCCCUGCUGCGACCAGCAUUGCCCCUCAUCCUAGGGCUAUCUCUGGGUUGUAGCCUGAGCCUCUUGCGGGUUUCCUGGGUCCAGGGGGAGGGAGAAGAUCCCUGUGUAGAGGCUGUGGGAGACCUGGGAGGUUCUCAGAAUUUGGACUCUAGAACUCGGCUAGACCACAGUGACAACUUCAAGCCUCGGAUUGUGCCUUACUACAGAGAUCCCAACAAGCCCUACAAGAAGGUGCUCAGGACUCGGUAUAUCCAGACAGAGCUGGGCUCCCGUGAGCGGUUACUCGUGGCUGUCCUGACUUCCCGAGUCACACUGUCCACUCUGGCUGUGGCUGUGAAUCGCACAGUGGCCCACCACUUCCCUCGGUUACUCUACUUCACUGGGCAGCGAGGGGCACGGGCUCCAGCAGGGAUGCAGGUGGUAUCUCACGGGGAUGAGCGGCCAGCCUGGCUCAUGUCUGAGACGCUACGCCAUCUGCACACACAUUUUGGGGCCGACUAUGACUGGUUCUUCAUAAUGCAGGAUGACACUUAUGUGCAGGCCCCCCGCCUGGCAGCCCUUGCUGGCCACCUUAGCAUCAACCAGGACCUGUACCUAGGCCGUGCUGAGGAAUUCAUUGGCGCUGGGGAGCAGGCCCAGUAUUGUCAUGGUGGCUUUGGGUACCUGCUGUCACGGAGUCUUCUGCUCCGGUUGCGGCCACACCUUGAUGGCUGCCGAGGAGACAUUCUUAGUGCCCGCCCUGACGAGUGGCUUGGCCGCUGCCUCAUCGACUCUUUGGGGAUUGGCUGUGUCUCCCAGCACCAGGGACAGCAGUAUCGCUCAUUUGAACUGGCCAAAAACAGGGACCCUGAGAAGGAGGAGAGUUCGGCUUUCCUGAGUGCUUUCACAGUGCACCCUGUCCCUGAGGCAGCCCUCAUGUACCGGCUGCACCAGCGCUUCAGUGCUUUGGAGUUGGAGCAGGCUUACAGUGAGAUCGAACAGCUGCAGGCUCAGAUCCGGAACCUGACAAUGCUGACCCCUGAGGGGGAGGCAGGUCUGAGCUGGCCCAUUGGGCUACCGGCCCCUUUCACACCACACUCUCGUUUUGAGGUGCUGGGCUGGGACUACUUCACAGAGCAGCACACCUUUUCCUGUGCAGAUGGGGCUCCCAAGUGCCCGCUGCAAGGGGCUAGCAGGGCAGAUGUGGGUGAUGCUGUGGAGACUGCCUUGGAGCAGCUGAAUCGACGCUAUCAACCCCGCCUCCGCUUCCAGAAGCAGCGGCUCCUCAACGGCUACCGGCGCUUUGACCCAGCCCGCGGCAUGGAGUACACCCUGGACUUACUGCUGGAAGCUGUGACUCAGCGCGGGCACCGGCGGGCCCUGGCCCGCCGGGUCAGCCUGCUGCGGCCACUGAGCCGUGUAGAAAUCCUACCCAUGCCCUAUGUCACAGAAGCCACCCGGGUGCAGCUGGUGCUGCCUCUCCUGGUGGCUGAAGCUGCCGCAGCCCCUGCUUUCCUGGAGGCCUUUGCAGCUGGUGUUCUGGAACCUCGAGAACAUGCCCUGCUCACCUUGUUGUUGGUCUAUGGACCCCGGGAAGGUGGCCGAGGGGCCCCAGACCCGUUUCUUGGGGUGAAGGCUACGGCAGCUGAGUUGGAGCGGCGGUACCCUGGGACAAGGCUGGCCUGGCUUGCUGUGCGAGCCGAGGUCCCUUCCCAGGUGCGGCUCAUGGAUGUAGUCUCUAAGAAGCACCCUGUGGAUACCCUCUUCUUCCUCACCACUGUGUGGACGAGGCCUGGACCCGAGGUUCUCAACCGCUGCCGCAUGAAUGCCAUCUCAGGCUGGCAGGCUUUCUUCCCAGUGCAUUUUCAGGAGUUCAAUCCUACCCUGUCACCACCUCGGUCACCCCAAGGGCCUCUGGGGGCUGGCCCUGACCCUCCAUCCCCUCCUGGUGCUGACCCUUCCCGGGGGGCUUCUGUAGGGGGUAGAUUUGACCGGCAGGCUUCAGCUGAGGGAUGCUUCUACAACGCAGACUACUUGGCGGCCCGAGCCCGGUUGGCUGGUGAACUGGCAGGCCUGGAAGAGGAGGAAGCCCUGGAGGGGCUGGAGGUGAUGGAUGUUUUCCUCCGGUUCUCAGGGCUCCACCUUUUUCGGGCCGUAGAGCCAGGGCUGGUGCAGAAAUUCUCAGUGCGGGACUGUAGCCCCCGACUCAGUGAAGAACUCUACCACCGCUGCCGCCUCAGCAACCUGGAGGGCCUGGGGGGGCGUGCCCAGCUUGCCAUGGCUCUGUUUGAACAGGAGCAGGCCAAUAGCACUUAGCCCCGCUGAAGGGUCCUGGACCUCUUUGUAUUUGCCUUUUCUGCCUUCGUCCCAGGAAGGGCAAGGCAAAUCACAUGGACAAUGGAGAGCUUGUUGCUGUAUUUUUCUAAUAAGAAAGUGCUAUUAAAAGUGACUUCUGCC